AUGACGGACCAUUUCGCGGUGAUGGCGGGCCGGCUGCUCACGGCGUCCACGGUGCAGUCCGCCAUCGACGAGGCCUCCAAUGCGGCUUCGUCUUCGACGCCGGCGGGCGGUGGGGACGCCGUCGUCGUCGAACACGGUGGCGGCGGCAGGCCGAAGAGCGGCGUGCUGGUGGAGUGCAGGAUCUGCCAGGAGGACGGCGACGAGUCCUGCAUGGAGGCCCCUUGCUCCUGCAAGGGCAGCCUGAAGUAUGCUCACCGGACAUGCGUCCAGAGGUGGUGCGACGAGAAGGGGGACACCAUAUGUGAGAUAUGCUUGCAGCAAUUCACACCAAACUACAAGGCUCCUUCAAAGCUGUUUCAGCAGGGAAGAAACUCCAUCUUCUUCAGAACCCCUGCCUACAUCCAAGCACAGGCCCGGAGCUCUUCCACCUCGACAAGCUACGAGUAUGAUCGCCAAGCUUCCACUCCAAAAGCUGUAAUCUGUUGCCGCAUAAUUGCUAUAACUCUGAUGCUUCUCCUGGUGCUCCAUGACGCCAUCUCGGUCUACCUCGUCGAACAAGGCGUCUACACCGUCGCGCUGGUCACCCUGCUGAUGCUUAGAACUGCUGGAAUUGUGAUACCGGUCUACAUCAUCUUGGUCGCGGUGACCGAACUGCUUUAUCGACGCAGCGAGUGGCAGGCUAUGCAUGGUCAGGUUUCGGAACCAGAAGCCGCAGGGAGCACGCAGCCGGUGCCAAUUCCGCCGCAGCAACAGCGUGUGGUUAUCACCAUCCAGUAG